CAUUGUUUAAAAGCUGCAAGAUUUACCCACUUUCAGAAACUGAGGAAGACAAAACAGGGCAGCCUCGCAAGUGGAGUCCACCGCCAGUGGUCCGCCGCGUUCUCCUUCCAAAGUCCAUGCCUUCUGAGUCUCUGCAUACGCACUGUAAGAGGAAGGCCAUCUUCACUACAUACCUUUGCAAAGAACUUAGGUUGAAUGAAUGACGGUACUUAUCUGCGGAUGAACGGAAGGCGGAGAGUCUCGAGCAUAGGCGUUAGGCACGUCUGAACAGUCUCUGUCUUGUGCUGUGUAUCAAGGACAGACUCUAAAGAUGGCUACCCCAGAGAUAACACUGAAUUUUUUCAGAGAGGGACUGCCAGUCAUCACGAAGGUUGUGACGACUGAAACAGUUGACCUGUCGGAAGUCGCGCGAGACUGUGAGCUGGUGCCUGAGGGAAGCCUUUACUUCAGAGGCGUUGACGACAAGAAGGUGUCUUUCUCCAGAACUCCUGUAUCCGUCAAGAAGCUCCUGGAGACCUGUGGUUCGGAGGGCGACCUCCAUAUCCUGCUGAAUCCGUUUGACGGGCUGCGGUUUAUCAAGUUCAAAUAUGGAAAGUCUACGAAGACAUUUCCUGCGACCACAGUAAGCUGGGACGAAUUCACAUCCUGGGUACUCGAGGUCAACCCUCAGUAUACAGGCUAUGAGCUGAGCGCCAAGUUUGCUGGUCCAGGAUUAGAACUAGAGGCGAGAUCUGAAGGCGAGUUUCAGAUCGCCGUUCCCUCGUUCCUGCGCUUUUUCCCCAAACAAGUGGUCGACUUGACAGUUACAGUGAAGCAGGGCCAUUUGAGAUCGUUCUCAACCUUUACGGGAGACCGGGGGGUGAAGGAUGGGAUGGCUAUCCUUCUUGGCCAAUCCUACGACAUGAACAAGAAGAGCCACCAGAACCCGAAGAGUGUGGCCAGGUUGGACGGGUACGACCCUAUGGAGCUCACAGAAGAAGUUCUCUUGAAGGAAGUUCCGAAGCGCUACUCUGGGGGCCGGGCUGCGACUGUGCACGACCUUCUGAAACAGACUAUGUGGCUACUGUCGGCCGCAUAUGCAGCCUGCGGCGAAUCAAACUCGCAAACGGAGGCCACAAAGCGGACAUUCAUCGACCAAGUGCUCAUCCUAGUAGCGGCAAUCAUCUCCACGGUGCUCGAUUUAGACGACGAACUCGAACUGAUCAUGGAGUACAAGUUUGACAACGGAACCCUCGACUACAUCUACAGGCAUCUGCGAGCACUCGUCGCCCUCAUCGAAGCCAAAGGUGAAUGCAAGCUGCCGGCCUACCGCGGCCAAGCCUUGGUGGAGAUGUCGUCCCUCAAGCGCGUCAAACAGCAGGACAGCAGGAAGCGGGACUGGGAGGAGAUGGAGGAUGCAGGAACAGUGGGAAUCCUGACCAACGCCGACGAGUGGGAGUUCUUUGUGUUCCGGCCAAACGCGCAGCCGCCAGUGACCUUUCGACGACUUGCUUCCGAUAUGUCGAUAGUUGAUUGGAAGGAUGUGCAAGCACUCCAAACUCUGUUCAAGCCAGUAAUUGAGCAGCUGGUCGGCAUCCUGGCUGUGGAGUGCAAGUUGGUGAAAGAGAGCGCUGCAAAGAAGGUCAAACCAAAUGUCAAGUGACAGCUUGAGUCUGACUUCAUUGUCCAGAUAUGCUCAAGGCUCCCGACACUGAUGUGGUAGCAAGGUGGUGCUCGUAGCUGCAUCGGUUUCUGUUACCAAUCUGCUAUGUCUGGUUCCAGCCAGUACGAGUGAGUCUAAAGAGUUCGCUUAUGGCCGAACCUUGUGUUGCCCAACUCACCAAGUGAGAAUGUGUCACCACGACCUUUUGUUCUAAAUGCUGCUAGUACCACA